UAAAACGCCAGCAAUUUUUUAAUAAAUUUCAUUAAAAUUUAGUAUAAUUUAAAGCAAAAUUGCAUUAGAAAUCUCUUAAUUUAUAUAUUAAUUGUGUAUAAAGUGAAAUAAUUGUGUUUAAAUAACAAAAAAUUAAAACAAAAUGGCUUUGUCUACUACCACUGUGCCCUGUUACACCAUUAUCAAUUCUCCGGAUUUGGAGGUGCCCAAUGAAAUGCAAUUAAAACAAGAUUUGGAAAAGGGUGAUACUAAUGUUAAAAUUGAUACCCUGAAGAAGGUUAUUCAACUAUUGUUGAAUGGCGAACGUUUGUCGGGUCUAAUCAUGACCAUCAUACGUUUUGUGUUGCCCGUACAAAAUCACACCAUUAAGAAGUUGUUGCUUAUCUUUUGGGAAAUUGUACCCAAGACAUCGGCGGAUGGUAAAUUGUUGCAGGAAAUGAUUUUAGUGUGUGAUGCCUAUAGAAAGGAUCUUCAACACCCUAAUGAAUUUCUACGUGGUUCCACACUACGUUUUUUGUGCAAACUCAAAGAACCCGAGCUGUUGGAACCUUUAAUGCCUUCCAUUCGUGCUUGUUUGGAACAUCGUCAUUCGUACGUAAGACGUAAUGCAGUUCUUGCCAUUUUUACAAUUUACAAAAACUUUGACUGGCUGGUACCCGAUGGUCCUGAAUUGAUAGCCAAUUUCUUGGAUACUCAACAGGAUAUGUCCUGCAAACGUAAUGCUUUUCUUAUGCUAUUGCAUGCUGAUCAAGAAAGAGCCCUUAAUUAUUUGGCUUCGUGUAUUGAUCAAGUGAAUAAUUUUGGCGAUAUCCUUCAAUUGGUCAUAGUUGAGUUGAUCUAUAAGGUGUGUCAUGCUAAUCCCGCUGAACGUUCUCGUUUCAUACGUUGCAUUUAUAAUCUUUUAAAUUCAUCUUCGAAUGCGGUGCGUUAUGAGGCUGCUGGUACUUUGAUUACAUUAUCAUCAGCUCCUACCGCUAUUAAGGCUGCUGCUGGUUGCUAUAUUGAAUUGAUUGUCAAGGAGAGUGAUAACAAUGUUAAAUUGAUUGUCUUAGAUCGUUUGAUUGCCAUGAAGGAGAAUGAGAAUAUGGAAAAAGUUAUGCAGGACUUAGUAAUGGAUAUUUUGCGUGUCUUGGCAGCCCCUGACAUUGAAGUUAGGCGCAAGACUUUGGCUUUAGCCAUGGAUUUGGUGUCCUCUAGAAAUAUUAACGAAAUGGUUUUGGUAUUGAAAAAAGAAGUAUCUAAAACUCAUAAUGUGGAACAUGAAGACACUGGCAAAUAUCGUCAACUUUUAGUGCGUACAUUACAUUCGUGCUCUAUUAAAUUCCCUGAUGUAGCUGCUAGUGUUAUACCAGUAUUAGUUGAAUUCCUUUCUGACACUAAUGAAUUGGCUGCUGCUGAUGUUUUGAUUUUCAUAAGAGAAGCUAUACAGAAAUUUCCUUCUUUGAGAGGUUUGAUAAUUGGUCAUUUGAUAGAGGCUUUCCCACAAAUCAAAUCCUCUAAAAUACAUCGCGCUGCUGUUUGGAUUUUGGGUGAAUAUGUCGAUGAUAAAAAUCAAAUUUUGGAAGUUAUUGAUGUUAUCUGUCAAACUUUGGGUGAAAUACCUAUGGUUGAAGCUGAACAAAGACGUUUGGCUGGCGAUCAAACUGAAGAGGAAGCAAAUGCUGCCAAUAAUCCACCAGCAGCUGCUCAAAUUUCUAAUAACAAAGUAACUUCGGAUGGUACUUAUGCCACACAGAGUGCUUUCAGUUUGGCUCCUAUUGCCAAAAAGGAGAAACGCCCACCAUUACGUCAGUAUCUCAUGGAUGGUGAUUUCUUUAUUGGUGCCGCUUUAUCGGCCACUUUAACCAAAUUGGUUUUACGUUAUGCUGAUUUGGAACAAGAUGUGCGUACCCAAAAUCGUUUGACAACUCGUGUUAUGCUUAUCAUGAGCUCUAUUCUUCAUUUGGGCAAAUCUGGUUUCCCCACUAAACCAAUUACCAACGAUGAUACCGAUCGUAUUUUCAUUUGUUUGCGCACUUUAAGCGAACGCACAGAAGAAGCUGUUGAAGUCUUCAAACGUUAUUGUCGUGAAGCUUUGGGUAAAAUGUUAGAUGCACAAUACGAAGAAGAUCAACGUGUACUCAAAGAGAAGCAAAGAGCUGCUGCUAAAGUACAACCCGAUGAUCCAGUUCUCUUCUCACAACUCUCUAACGGACGUGAAAAUCAAUUGGGUGAAAAUGUAUUCGAAUCUAGUUUGAAUCAAGCUUUAGCUGGUACCAAAUCUACCAAUUUGAGUGACAUUACUUCUCCCAAUAAUAAAUUGAAUAAGGUAACACAAUUGACUGGUUUUUCGGAUCCUGUUUAUGCUGAGGCUUAUGUUAAUGUCAAUCAAUAUGAUAUUGUAUUGGAUGUAUUGAUUGUAAAUCAAACAAAUGAUACUUUGCAAAAUUGUACUUUGGAAUUGGCUACAUUGGGUGACUUGAAAUUGGUGGAACGUCCUCAUCCUGUUGUUUUGGCUCCUCAUGAUUUCUGUAACAUCAAGGCCAAUGUUAAGGUGUCCUCCACAGAAAAUGGCAUCAUUUUUGGAAAUAUUGUUUAUGACACUUCUAUCAACACCAAUGUUGUGGUUUUAAAUACUAUUCAUAUUGAUAUUAUGGAUUAUAUUAUACCUGCCAGUUGCACUGAUACUGAAUUCAGACAAAUGUGGCAAGAUUUUGAAUGGGAAAAUAAGGUCACUGUUAAUACUACUUUCACUGAUUUGCAUGAAUAUCUCAAACAUUUGCUUAAGAGCACAAAUAUGAAGUGUCUAACACCCGAAAAAGCUUUGUCGGGUCAAUGUGGUUUCAUGGCUGCCAAUAUGUAUGCUAAAUCUAUUUUCGGUGAAAACGCUUUGGCCAAUUUAAGUAUUGAAAAACCAGUUGAUGAUCCAGACUCUAAGGUUACUGGUCAUAUUAGAAUACGUGCCAAGAGCCAGGGUAUGGCUCUCAGUUUGGGCGACAAGAUCAGUUCAUCUCAAAAACUUUGUGUACAAGCUUCUUAAAAUAAAUAGUUUUCAUUCCAAAAUUUUCCAAAAAAACUAAACAGUUUCAAUAAUUUACUAUGAGUUUAUGUUUUUGUUUCUUUAUUCUGAUCGCUUAAUUUUAAGUAUUUUUACAAUUUCAAGAAUUAAAUGUUAUAAAAACAAUUAUUAUGUAUGUCAACAUACUAACUACGUAUAAUACAAUUAUAAUAAAAAUAUAAAUAUAUACAAAAACGUAAUUAUAUUACCUAA